AUGGUGGGCAUGAAGGAAGAGGUUAGGAAAGUAGGAAAUAGGGUGAACGUUUUAGAAACUGACUUCGAGCGACGCAACCCGGUACCAGAGAUACCGCUACCACUAAUGCGUCCGCGUACGGAGUACGAACUCAAGGAGUCUUCGCCCGUACCGGAAUGCAUUAAAACCAAAGAAAAGAAGCGAUUCAAGGCGGAGGAGGUUGAAGAUGAAGGGACCGUCUGGAAGACCAAUGGCGUUUUCAAACUGGCUCACGUCAUCAAUCUAGGCCACAUGCAGCAACUCAUCGACCAGGUGGCAAACGAGGCUAUGGUGGUAACCGACCAACGUAUCAACGCACUGGUUGGCCACUAUCUGCAACACGCUUCAGAGGUAAUCUCGCGCAUGGUUGGCGCACCAACACGAAGGCAACGCUCAAUCGACUGGCUAGGAUCAGCCUGGAAGUGGGUCGCGGGAUCACCGGACAAAUCGGAUUGGAAUGCCAUCUUGAAAGAGGAGGACAGCUUGGCGAGAAACAACAAUCAGCAGAUUCGCAUCAAUACUAAGUUAUGGGGACUUCCACGUGACGACGGCCGUUCUCCACAAAGCAAUUAUAUCAACGAAAUGCUGAGGGCCUCCCAACUAGGAAAGACUGGAGUGGUCAACACGAAUCUCCUGGACCACAACGAGGUCGACACAAUACUGGCGGAGGUGGACAGCCUCCCUUAUCAAAACGUUGUCGAGGCCAUCGAAUUUUCUAAACCUACAAUCCUGACAAACGGGACUGCUCAUUUGUACAUCUUGGCUAAGCCCAAGGUAGUGGAAAGGAGGUACAGAUUGAUGAGGAUCUACCCAACGAUAUCCGAUGGGAAACAUGUUGUUCUGAAAUACAACACAUUGGCGAUGGACCGCCUGGAAACAUACGCCCUCCUCGGAAAGUGUGUAUCCAUCGGCAACACAACGGUCUGCUGA